CUGGAAUUACUUGACGUACAUUUCAAAAGUCUCAGCUCUUUUGGGAACCGAAAGUUCUUUUGAUCUCAGAUAUGAGAAAUCGAGCUGUUCUGCCCCUUGCUGCUGUAAUAGUUGUCCUCCUAAUAACCUGGGCAGUCUCCUUCAAUUCAUUCGAUGUACAGGAGAAAGCAAGGAAUAUUCUCAGGUUCAAUAGAGUUAAGGUUACCAAACCAAAAUUAAAAACAGUUACAACAGCACCCAAGGCAAAGUGCGGCCUCUCCAGAGUCUGUCCGCCCGACCAUUUUGCUUUUAACAUCGUCAGCGGAGCAGCUAAUGUAGUCGGACCAAAGAUAUGUUUUGAGGGUAAAAUCAUUAUGAGCAAUGUGAAGAAUAAUGUGGGAUCAGGAUUGAACAUUGUGGUUGUAAAUGGUGGAAAUGGAGAUGUGGAAACAUCUGCCUACCUUAAUAUGCAAAUUGGAAAUGCAGAUGACAUCCUGGCAUACCUGAAGAACAUAGAUCCUGGAAUGAUUGUCUUGGUGGCCUCGUUUGAUGAUGUGACAGCAAAAAUGACAGACGAGAUGAGGGAGGUGUUUUUCGGAAUGGGAAGCACUUUGAUCACGUCUGUGAAGCACAGAGAUAACUGGGUGUUUGCUGGAGGAGCAGGGAGAGACAACAAAAGCCUCUUUGAGAUGCAAGCUGCUAAUGAUGAGAGCACCAACGUUUAUGGAGAUUGGCCGGAGAUUGUGGAGCUGUCUGGCUGCUACCCAAGGACCCUUACUGAUGGAAAAGUUUUGUGAUGAAAAGGAGAACAUGACUUAUUUAGUACUUCACUGUGGAAAUUCAAUAUUACUUAUUCACAAUGUUUUUGACACAUUGAGUAACUGUUUAUAGUUUACUUGUGGCUUUAGUUAGAGUUAGUAUUAAGACGUCUGAGCCAAAUUUGUCAUUAAUGAUUCUGGGUUAUCUAAAUAAAAUUGACCGGACUUGA